GGCGUGUCAGGGAUUAUGGGGUUGGCACUGCCCAAUCACAGCCCCUCCUGCUCCCAGUGACAAUAACAAAAGCUAACAGAUAGCCUGAGUGUGAAGCACGUGACCAGGAAGAAGGAAGUGGCAGUGAUGCAGAAGCUGGUGCUGGCAAUCGCUGCAAUGAUGGUGCAAGUUCCCUGGCAGUGAGGGACAGAGGGAGGCUCCCUGUCUGGCUCCUGAGCUUAAACUUCCGCCCACUGACGGGCUGUUAUAGCCACACUGCUGGAGGGCCGAGGCUGCCAAAUUGGGGGGCCAUGAUGCCACUUUUCUUCAGGAAGCAGAAGCAGAGCGGGGAAGCAAGGAAACGCCUGGAAUAUCAGAUGUGCCUGGCCAAAGAGGCCGGCGCUGAUGACAUUCUUGACAUCUCAAACUGUGAAUUAUCUGAGAUUCCCGAUGGCGCCUUCUCUACAUGCCGCGUUUUGCAGAAAAAGGUUCUGAUUGUUCACAAUAAUAUUUUAACCCAGCUGGUCCCCAAGUCUUGCCAGAUUUCUGAUCUAUCAGCCUUGAAGGUUCUGGAUCUCCAUGAGAACCAGAUUGCAGCACUUCCAGCCAACGUGGGUCAGCUGACAUCCUUACGGGUGCUAAACAUUGAACGAAAUCUCUUACGAACUCUUCCUGAUUCCAUCGGAGACUUGUCUCAACUGCAGACACUAAAUGUGAAAGGGAACAAACUCAAAGUUCUACCUCCCACUAUCAGGGGGCUGCGCAGCCUGAGGACUUUAAACAUCAGUGAAAAUAGGCUUCAGGAGCUCCCACGGUCUCUGGCCAAUGUCCGCACACUGGAGACCCUGUCCCUGGAUGCUUCUGGGAUGCUCUUCCCCCCUCCAGCUGUGUGCAGUGAAGGAACAGAAGCCAUCCAGCGGUUCCUGUGCAAAGAGCUGGGUAUUGAGUAUUGUCCCCCUUCCCAGUACCUCCUGUCUGCGCUGGAGAACAAUUCAUGUGACACCCAAGUGGAUGCUGUGGAUGGGGCCCUAGUGCAGUCCUUACAGGAACAAACAGACUGGCAGAACAAGUUCUCGGAGUAUGAGAAGAGAAAGGAACAGAAAAUGCUGGAAAAACUGGAGUUUGAGCGACAGUUGGAUCUGGGGCAGAGGGAACAAGCACAGCUUCUCCUUCAGAGCAACACACACAAAGAUGAGAUCCUACAGACCGUGAGAGAGGAGCAAUCGAGGCUGGAGAAAGGGCUGAACAAACAUCAACAGCAGAUUCAGAGCGAGAGGCAACGGCUCCAGGAGCAGCUCAAGCAGAUGGAGAAGGGCGUCUCGUACCGUAUCAAAAAUCUGCUGGAGCAGAACCGCAGACAAAAGCAGAAUUCAGCAAUUCUGAAAUCACUAGAGGACGAGCGAAUUAAAAUGGAGCACCUCAUGUCAAUCACCCAGGAGGAGACAGACAACUUGCGACGGAAGGAAGUGGCCUCUGCCAUGCAGCAGAUGUUGGCCGAGACCUACAAAAGCAAAUUGCUUCAGAUGGCCUACGAGUCCCGCCGCCAGGAGAUGGUGUACCAGACCUGUUCCAGCCUGGCAGAGAUGGAUAAGAAGUUGCAGCAAAUACAGUACUGGCAGCAGUUGGAUCAAAGCAAAGCCAUCAGUCAGAUCUUGCAGGAGGAGGAGAUCCAGAAAGCGGCAUUUGAGGCUCUGCAGCUGAAGAAGGAUCUGAUGCACAGACAGAUAAGGGAACAGAUAUUAUUAAUAGAGGCUGAGUUAAUGCAACUGACUCAGCUGGAGGUAAAGAGGCAAGAAUUCGGCAACGAGGCGCUGCAGGAGGUGAUCGGCGAGCAGAGAUGCGCCCUCACAGAGAUGCUCCAGCAACUUCUCAAAGACAAGAAGAAGCGAGAGGAGGAGCUGCUGGCAGUGUUGCGUGAAAUGGAUUCUAAGAGUGAAGCCAAGCAGGAGAACUAUUGGCUGAUACAGUACCAGCGCCUGCUCAACCAGAAACCUCUAUCGCACAGGCUACAGGAGGAAGGGAUAGAACAGGAGCUGGUGGAUCUCCUUAAAGACCUUUCUGCAGAGAAGUAUCUUCCCAUAUUUGCGCACCAUCGGUUCUGCUUAGAGAUGCUGGAGAAAAUGAGCCCCAGUGAUCUUAAAAAGAUUGGAGUUGAAGAAGUGGGCUUACAGCACGCCAUCAUUGAGCGAUCAAGAGACAUUGUGCGCAUGAGAAGAGAUCAACCCAAAGCCUUAGAGAAAAUUGUGCCUGAAGAGGAGCCAUGUUCUCCACCAUCAUCCGUCCAGCAGCCCCCAGUCGAGCCUUCAGCCCCUGAUACCGAAGUGGCCAAUAGAAACUCAGAGUGUGUCGUGUGCAUGGAACAGGAGGCCCACAUCAUCUUCCUCCCCUGCGGCCAUGUGUGUUGCUGCACCACUUGUGGGAAUGCCCUCCAUACCUGCCCCUUGUGCCGCAGAGACAUCACCCAGCACUUACGGAUCUACCAGAGCACCUAAAGGAUCCACGUGGAAGCUUCAGAUCUACUGAGGGGGCUGCCUGUAUUCUUUGCUGCUGCUUGAAGCAUGUUUGUGCUACCUGGCAAUGUGAAUAUGCUGCACUAAAUAUUCUUUGUAUCGCCACCCCUCUCAGUCAUUACCUUUAGUGCAAUUGGCACUUCUGCUGCAUUGUAGAUUUGUAGCGAGUAUCACUCACUAGCUCCUCUCCCACCCAUGACUUUCAGUGAGGGUACAGACCUCUCAGCCUUUUGUUUGUAUGUUGCAGUGUCAGUGAGUCCUAAUAUCCCUAUUUAUUGCGGUUCUGACACAAGGACAUUUAUAGAGAUAAUAUUCGCCUGCUCGUUCUUUAUUUUUGUACAUUUUUAUAAUUUCCUUGUGAUUUCUACAAACCUCCUUUUUCCAGCGUUAUUACAUAUUGUCCCUUUUACUAUAAAUAUGAUGGAUGGAAAUCUGUGACCCUUGUGCUACCCGGGCCCCGGUGUGCCUAUAUGGCAUUUAUCUAUAUACAUUUAGUGAUCCAACAGUGAUACAGUCUAUUUGGGUGGGGGCUCUCUGCACACAAUUGAACUGGACUGUUAAACAACAUCCUGUUAGAACUGUGCAAUAAUCUAUAUAUAUAUGUUGUGCAAUAUUAUUGAUCAUAACCCUCCAAAAACACAUCCCUAGAAAUUUGCACUGGUUACUGUAAGGCUGAGGUCUUCACACUACUGUCCCCCUUCUUCCCCGUCUUGUCAUCUCAUACGUGAAGCACUUGUCUGUGUGGCUACAGGAAAGGCAAAACAAGGCAUUAAAUUGACUUCAUAUAAA